GUUUUCCAUGUUAUAUAGUGUGAAAAAACAUUUCACUCAUUCCCAGUGGUCCUCUUCAAGCAAUUCUCACUUUCUCACAAAUGGCCAAUCCCUUCCCAACAUUCCUCCCCUCUUCCCUCAUCUUCUUUUCCUUCUUCUUUUUCUUAUUCUCCCCUCUCACCGCCGCCAAAACACACCGUUUCGCGCGCACCAUCUCCCCCUCCUCCCUGGGCCUGGACGGGGAGCCUGAGAAACUAAGCCACCUCCACUUCUUCUUCCAUGACGUUGUCAGUGGCCAAAACCAGACCGCGGUGCGAGUCGCGGCGGCCCCGGCCACCGACAAGUCCCCGACGCUCUUCGGUGCGGUGGUCAUGAUGGACGACCCCCUGACGGAACAGCCCGAAGCCACCUCCAAGGUUGUGGGAAGGGCGCAGGGGAUCUACGCCUCGGCGUCGCAGAGCGAGCUUGGGUUCCUCAUGGCCAUGAACUUCGCCUUCACCGAAGGGAAGUACAACGGGAGCUCCCUCGCCGUGCUUGGGCGGAACACGGUGGCCUCCGCCGUGAGGGAGAUGCCGGUGGUGGGCGGCAGCGAGCUGUUCCGGUUCGCGAGAGGGUAUGCUCAGGCCAAGACGCAUUCUUUCAGUGCGGUAGAAGCUAUUGUAGAGUAUAACGUGUAUGUGUUCCAUUAUUGAGAACGGUUUUUUCUUUUUUUAAUAAUAAUAAUAAUAAUAAUUUAUUGAAAAUUCAAGCAUGAUUGCCACGGGGAAUAAUCCUCGACCCUGUUAGUGACGGAGGUCAGACAUUGUCCAUUGACUGAAAUUAGUGUUGUAGUAAGAGGAUAAGUGUAUGUGUUUCAUUUUUUUGUUUAUGUUAUUGAUGCAAAAAAUGUUUCUUAUACA